AUGGGUCUAGUCAAUUUGGGUCAUGAAGCAGAUCCCGUUCUCACCAGGAUCGUUGAUGAGGAUAAGGUGGCUUGGUGGAGAAAAAGAAAUUUAAGAAUCCUGUAUCUUUUGCUAUAUCCAACAUGUAUGGGGAUUGAGAUGACGUCGGGGUUCGACUCUCAGAUGAUCAAUGGAUUGCAGUUUAUUCCUUCUUGGAAUAAAUACUUUGGUGAGCCGACGAUUGAUGGGGCUGGGAAGUCGACGUAUGCUUUGAAGGCAGAGCUUUUGGGCAUUGUGGCUGCGGCAUACAGCUUAGGUGCUAUUUUGUCAGUGCCGUUUGUACCAACGCUUGCUCAAAGUUUUGGACGUAGGUGGUCCAUAAUGUUUGGUUCUAUUGUGAUGGUCGUUGGAUCUUUCCUUCAGGGCUUCUCCAUCAAUGCUGCGAUGUACAUCGUUGCCAGAAUGUUUCUUGGAUUUGGUAUUGUCUUUGCAAUUGUCUCCGGCUCAGCCAUGCUUGGUGAAUUAGCAUAUCCGAAAGAAAGGCCAGUUAUGACUUCUCUCUUCAAUGCAUCUUGGUUUGUAGGAUCUUUAGUUGCUUCCGGAAUUACUGUUCGCACUGCAACCAUUAAUACAGAUUGGGGAUGGAGAAUUCCAUCUCUUCUUCAAGCCUGUCCCUCACUUAUUCAGAUUAUCUUCGUCUUCUUCCUACCGGAAAGUCCUCGGUACCUUAUUAGCAAAGAUAGACGAGACGAAGCAUUCGAUAUCUUGGUCAAGUAUCACGCAGAAGGAAAUCGUGAUUCGGUAUUCGUUCGUGCUGAAAUGACUCAGAUUGAAACAACGAUCAAACUAGAAGUAGAAGCUUCUAAGCGAUCUUGGAUGUCCAUGUUGAGCACUCCUGGAAUGAGACGCCGGGUAUUUUUAGCUUCUGCUAUGGGGGUCUUCACACAAUGGUCUGGCAAUACUUUAAUUUCAUUCUACCUUUCCAAGAUUCUUGCCAUGAUAGGUUACACGGAUACCAACACUAAAACCAUGAUUAAUCUCGGAUCGACAGCUUGGUCUUUCCUCACAGGAACUUUGGCCGCCCUGAUAGUACCACGGUAUAAACGCCGCACUAUGUUUUUACUCUGUGCUUGUAGUAUGUUCUUCGUGUAUAUAGCAUGGACAAUCAGUAUGCAACGAGCCAUGCUAGCAUAUGAUACUCAUCGACCCAACAAAGCUGCUGCCAUCACCACCCUAUUUUUUAUAUUUCUCUACUCGCCUUGUUAUAAUAUUGGGAACAAUGCACUUGCAUAUACCUACCUAGUAGAACUCUUCCCCUACGCGGACCGUUCUCGCGGCAUCUCCAUCGAACAAUUUUUCGUCCGAGCCGCUAAUUUCUUCACCACCUACGUAAAUCCCAUCGGUAUGGCGAACGUCGGUUGGAAAUAUCUUAUUAUGUAUUGUGUAACCAUUUGCAUUGAGAUAAUAGUAAUUUACUUCUUCUACCCUGAGACUCAGGGACGCACGUUAGAAGAACUUGCUUUUCUAUUUGAAGACGAUACAUUAGCAGAGAAAGCUACGGUGGCUGUGGAGAAAACUAUACAUUUUGAUCACCGUGAUGAGGCAAGGACUGCGUAA